CCCGUACGUCAGCACAACGCUUAGAAACCAGGAACAACCACAGCUCUCAGGUUGGUGAAGAUUUUUGAGGCUUUAAUUCGAAUCGACUGCUGGUUUCUCUGUACCUGUCAACAUGGUCAACGUACACAAAGGUGUCCUUGUCGAAUGUGAUCCUGCCAUGAAGCAGUUCCUCCUCUACCUGGAUGAAAAAAUGGCCUUGGGAAAGAAGUUCAUCCUCAAGGACCUUGACGACACACACGUCUUCAUCCUUGCAGAGGUGGUUCAGACCCUGCAGGAGAGAGUUGGCGAGUUAAUGGACCAGAAUUCAUUCACCUUCACGCAGAAAUGAGACAAAGUCUUGCUCCUUGGACUUAAGGCUGUUUAAGAGAUCAUGCUUAAAUGAACAAUUGUUUGCAAUGUUUUAACUGCAGACUGAAAUGGCACAGUUGAUAGCUUUUUGUUACAAUAUUGUGAAAACAAAAAAAAUGUUUAGCUGUGUGACCUAAUUUGUGCUGUCAAUUAUGCUCAUUCAUAAAUUUGUUUCAUGCA